AUGAAUAAGAAUUAUAAGUUUGAUCAAUGUAGUGACUACAUGUUAUGGACAUCACCUGGAGAGUUCACUCUCAAUCUUGAGGCACCUGUAACCAAGUCAUCAUCAAACUACAAGUCUGGCCCGUCUAAGUCUUCGUCAUCGUCAUCGUCAACAUCCAAGCCAAAGACAACAUCAUCAACAUCAAUAUCAACAACUACAACGACAACAAAUGGUGAUCAACAACAAUCAAAGAAAAGAUAUAGGUUUGAUGGACCUGCCUUGAGUACAAGCUAUCUCGAGACUUUGAAGCGAUUCAGACAUGACAUGCCAGAGGCCCAGAACAAGAAUUACAAACCCGCCUCAGCACCAUCUACUUCAAGUCCAACAACAUCAACAAAAUCAACGACCAAGUCAAAGAAAGUGUCAUUUGUGGAAGAGGAGGUGAAGCCGCAGAAGAAGGACGAAGAGGAAGAUAAUGUACAUAGACUACCAGUGCUGGUUCAGAAGUAUAUUGUUCAGAUAUUGGUGGAUGAUUGCUUUCUUAAUACUAGACUGGUGUCUAAACUUUGGUGCAAGACUGCAAUGAAUUGGGUCAGUGGCCUAUCAAUCAAUUUCCAGGGACUGUCGGCAACUUCAUCACGAGCACAUACAUCAGAGACAUUUCUAAAGUCACUGGCAACCGAUUACAACUCAUUGGAAUCAUUAACAUUCAUCAACAAUGAUCCAAAGUGUAUACUUGGAUUGAAUCGCUAUCAAUUCAAUCGUUCAAUCUAUCCAUUCAUGUCGACGGCCAUCUCCAAAUGCGCCAAUCUCAAGCGACUAUAUGUCAAAGGGUAUCCCCUGGCCACGCUAUCCAUGGACAACUCUCAACCAACAACCAAACUUGUUACCAAUAUCAACAACAACCAACUUAUCGAUACAAUUUCAAAGCAUGCCAAUCUUGAGGAGCUGUGUCUGAAGAGUGUGUCAUUGGACUCAAGUACAAUGCAUCAUCUCUUGCUGGCAUUGGCCGAGAACAAUCAUAUAACUACAUUGGACCUUGCUGAGGACAUACCAGGCGAGUGCCUACAACUGCUCCAACAACUGUUUCGUCAGCACUCUCUGCGUUCACUCAAACAGCUCAGACUGUCUAACAACGAGCAGGCCAUCCCACUUGCCUGUACCGUUCGCCACAUGCUCCAGAGCAUGUCGCAAUCGCCAGAGCCAUACGCAUUGGAGACACUUGACCUGUCCAACAACUCAAUAGACGAUGCCAGUUGUCUGAUUGUGAGCAGCGGCGUGCGGGGUUGCCCCACGCUACGCUCGCUACUCUUGACAAAUAAUCGAUUCGGGAACAACCUUGAUGGUCUGGACUUAGGUCGCACGAUCACAUCGCUCACAAUGUCCAACAACAAGAUCAUGCCGUCGGGUAUUAAGUGGAUUGGAAAGUACCUGCAGCACAACACCUCUGUGACCUCGCUGGACCUCAGCUACAACAGUCUCGAGUCCAAGGGUGCCAAGAAGUUGGCCAAGUCCUUGUCCAAAAAUCAGGUACUUCGCAAGUUGGACUUGUCCUUCAAUCGAAUCGAGAGUGAUGGUGCAGUCUGUAUGUUUGAGGCCAUGAGGACCAAUGUGAUAGAUGAUCUCAACAUCCAGGGCAACAUGCUCGACAACACAUGUGUCAAACCAUUAUGCUCAGCAUUGGAUCGAUCAUCCCCAGCCAUUCACAAUCUCAACCUGUCCUGUAACAGAAUAGGACUGAUCGGAUUCAAAUCAUUCAUCACGCCAUUGUCCAAGUACAGCAAGAUAUCGACACAAGACAUGGAGGGUGACUCAUUCGACAACUUUGAUGAGUCCCCAGCAGAGCCCAAAGAAGAGGAAACAAAGAAGACCAAGAGCAAGAAGAAUAAGAGCAAGAAGAAGAAGUCGUCCGAGUCUGAGAGUGAACCACAAGUACCAGAGUCAUGUCCUGAGGAGAUCCAGGACAAGUCUGUGGUCGCGCCAUCACUUCCCAAACUUAGGUUGGAUAUGACCCAUAACAGGAUCACAAUGGAUGGAGCCAGGAAACAUCUGAGGCCAUACAAGGAGCCAAAGAUCCAA